AUGACAAUGGACAUUCAAAAUAAUUAUCAAAAUUAUAAAGAAGCAUCGCCUGAUUCUAAGGAAACUAGUUUAAGCAUUGAAAGUGCGAAAACAUCUCAAACUCACAAAUCAGAUAUGCACUCUACAGUCGAGAAUACAGGAAAGACGUCUAAUAAGAGAUCUUUUGAUGUAGCUUUUUUAAUGAUGCCGGAUGAAAAACUUCGACCAAAACAACCUGAAAGACAAUUGCGGGUAUCCAAGCAACUAUUUAAUAAUGAAGAAUGGGAGCAACAAAGUAAGAGGAUUCCGGAAAUUUACAAACACAGUGAAUAUUCAAACGACAAUACAAUGGACUCCAAAGACCAAGAUGAUGAUAGAAUCCGAGUGAACAACAACAUGUCUCCAGGUUUCGGAUCAGAUAUUAAUAUUGACGUUGGAACUGAUGAGUAUCCAAGCAAGUCCAUGUACUGUAGUGAUUCAGAAAAUUCUGAGCGAUCAAGAAGUCGUCCUAAUUCAAACGAAAGUGCUGCUAGACAACCAAAAUUUCUUCCAGAGUACAAGAAUAAGAUAUUUGACGAUCCAACUUUAAUCAGCAUGCAGUCUAGAGCGAGAUAUGAAAACAGGUACUCUGAUAAACCACCAGAAAUGUCUCCAAAAAGUGCAUUUACGAAAGUUGCUAAUUAUGCUCUACGAUCACCGAACCCAUCUGUGAGUCCUGACAAUUUGCUAUACCAAAAUUCGGUGAGUCCUCCCUUAGCAGCUGCAAGUCCACCAUCAGGGCCCUUUAAUAAAAACGCUGGAUUCAAUAAUUUACUCACACCAGCUCAUCUUCUUAAUGGAAAUAAUUUCUUUAAAAGUCAUAGCGUACCAUCGACGUCUCCAAAUUAUCCAGAACCAGGUACAAUUCAGCAAAGAAGCCAUUUUAACAAGAGUGUAGAUUAUAAUGAAAAAUCUGAUCCAAAAAUAUCACAGAAUAAACUGAACUUUCUUCCAUUUAGACCAGAAAUACCAUAUCUUCAAGCCGGCUCAUCUUAUCCGUUUGGAGUACAAAAUUUUCAAUCUCCUAAUUCAGAUUUUAUGAAAUUUCCCGUGCAACCACGUGAACCUGUAAGCCCACUCAUAGCAAAUCCAGCCGCGGCUAUAUUAAGUACAUUGCUGCCCCCGACUCUUGCUGCUUUUUCAUUACCAGCCCAAAAUGUUUGCGCCAAAUGUAGCGUCAGUUUUAGGAUGACAUCAGAUUUAGUUUAUCAUAUGCGCACUCAUCAUAAAAGUGAAUCAACUGCUGACCCUAACAGAAGAAAGAGGGAAGAGAAAUUAAAAUGUCCUGUCUGCAACGAAAGCUUCAGAGAGCGGCACCAUUUAACACGACACAUGACAGCCCAUCAGGAUAAGGAAGGGGACAUGGAUGAUGUGUCCCCAACGCAAAAUUUCAAUAAGAAAAGCAAGCAAUAUUAUCCCCACAACGGGAACCCGCUCAUCCACAAAUGA